UGCUCAGCCAGCAAUACACUGGUGUUCCCCAUCGACCGGCUCGUGCAUAAAACAUCCUCCAUUUAGGCUGGAAAUGCGUCGUUUUUCUCCUUAACUUGAUUUAAUGACUUGGAAAAAAGGGGAAAUAUGCGUACUUCCUUAUAUAAAACAAAUUUUCACAAUUGUCAGAUUCUUGAUGUUGCACACCGCGCGUGAGGCUGUUGUUUACUGCUGGCUAAAUUCACACCGCAACACCAGGAAGUACGUUUUUCAGCACGAAAACGUCAAUGCUGGACUUUAACUAAGCAAGUCAGUAAGGAAAACAUUCUUAUUUACAAUGACGACGGCCUACCAAAAGGCCUCCUGCGGGAGCUGGGAUUAAAAAUAUAGGACAAAACACACGUCAGGAAGAGAGUUCUAAGACAACAUAGCAUGGCUGCAACACCACAUAACAUACAAACGUUAUUUGGCACGGACAACAGCAGCACAAAGGCAAGAAGUGUCCUAGACUAGUCUGACGUUGACCAGCCAUGUCUGACGCCCUGAAGAAGCGCAAGUCGAAGGUUCUCCGCAGCGAGAUGGGCACACCGGAGGUGAAACGUGGCCGUGGAGAGGGGGACCAGGAUGUACGUGUGUAUAGUGAGGAGGUGGAGCUGGAUGGCAGGGACCCAGAGGAUGACUACCAGCAAUAUAAACUAACCUGUGAAGCUCUGGCUCAACUGAUGAACGAUAUCCAGGAGCUGAAAGCCAACGGCGCCAAAGAUGGGUGUGCUGAGGUAGAACAGAAGAGGAUGCAGAGCUGUAUCCACUUUAUGAGUCUGAAGAAACUCAACCGCCUGGCUCACAUGAGACUGAAGAGGGGGAGAGACCAGACGCAUGAGGGCAAGCAGAGAGUAGAUGUGUUGCACCUGCAGCUCCAGAACCUGCUCUAUGAGGUCAUGCACCUGCAGAAGGAGAUUAGCAAGUGUCUGGAGUUCAAGUCAAAGCAUGAGGAGAUAGAUCUUGUGAGUGUAGAUGAGUUCUACCAGGAGGCCCCCCCUGAGGUAUCCCGCACCCCCCUCACCAAGGACGACACCCACCAACUCAUGCUGGCCAGGCUGGACUGGGAACUGGAGCAAAGGAAGAGGCUGGCUGAGCAGUACAAGGAGUCUCUCUCCAGUAAGGAGAAGAUCCAGAAAGGCAUUGAGGUGAAGAAGGAACACCUGAGUUCUCUACAGCCUGGACUCAACGCUAUCAUGCAGGCAUCCCUCCCAGUCCAGAAGUAUCUCUCCAUGCCAUUUCAACAGACCCAGAGACAGACAGAGAUCGCCCGCCACCUUCCCACCUCUCUCUAUGUCCUACUGGUACAGGCCAGUGCUUACGGACAGGCCUGCGAUAAGAGCCUGAGUGUGUCCAUCAGUGGAGACGUGGACGAGGCCAAAGCUCUGUCUAAACCUCCAGAGGACUCCCAGGAUGAUGAUUCUGGGGAUUCUGAUGCAGAGGAGGAACAGGACAAAACUAAGCGGAGGAGACCUACUACAGGUGGACAGCUGGAUGAUAAGAGACGUGAAAUGCUGAAGAGACACCCUCUCUCCCUCUGCCUAGACCUCAGAUGCAAAGUUUCAGGUGUCCUUCCACAAGCUUCCCACAAUAAGUUGGGUGAAUUUUGGCCCAUUCCUCCUGACAGAGCUGGUGUAACUGAGUCAGACGGCAGUGUGCUGCAUCUGUUCUUCUACUACCUGAUGAACCUGAACAUCAUGACUGUCAAGGCCAAAGUCUCCACCGCCACAGAUCUCACUGGAGCCAUCAGCGCCGGGGAGCUGUUAAACUCUGGCACGCUGCUCAACUGCCUGUAUGCCAAUGACCAGGGGUGCGAAACGCCCAACCCCUCUAAUCGCUACCAGUUUGAUAAAGUGGGGAUCAGUUCAUUUGGAGACUACGUGGCAGAACUGGGUCAUCCCUACCUGUGGGUGCAGAGUCUGGGAGGACUGAAGUUCCCCAGUGAUGCCCCAGAGGGUUUGCAUGCAGGCAGUUCUCUGAGUGCCAGUCACAUGGAAAGCACCAUGAAGCUGCUGAGAGGACGAGUCCUGUCACGCCUGGCCCUGCACAAACAGUUCUCUUCACUAGAGCACAGUAUUGUUCCAGUGUCCUGUGAGUGCAAGCACCUGUUCCCUGCAAAGGUUCUCUCUCGCCUGGCUCGCUGGACUACCAUCACACACCAGGAGUACACGAAUCUGGUGUUCACGCAGCAUGUGUCAGAAGCAGGUCUGGCUCGGGAAACUGACCUCUUCUUCAUGGCCGUGUUGGAGAGAGGAACAGCUCGUCUUCAGGCUGCGGUGUUGUUGAACCCCCGUUACCCAGUCAUUUCUCCUCUCUUUGCUGUCUCAAUCAGCUGGAAGGGGGAGCGCAGUGGACGUACUGACGACAACCUUCGAGCCAUGGAGAGUGAGGUGAACAUUUUCAAAUCAGAGCUCCAGGGGCCCCGCCCAGGCCACCAGCUGCUGACCAAUCAGGUAGCUCGUCUGGGUGUCUGUCUGGAUGUGUACCUGGAAACUGAUGGACAGGACGACAGCGUGGAGGGACCACGGGAGUUCCCCAGAGAGAAGAUGUGUCUACGCACUGUCAGGGGUCCGAACCGUCUGAAGCCAUUCAAGUACAACCAUCCCCAGGGCUUCUUUAGUCACCGCUGACCUCUCCUUUACCCCUUUCCCUUCACCCUGACCCCCUCACCCCAGAUCUCUUACCCUACCUCGAGGCUUCUUUAGUCACCAGUGACUCCUGAAUUUACCCUCUGUCAUGCCCCUGCCCUCAUAUCCCCAUAUCUUGUUUGUUUAACACACUGUUUGACACAUUCUGUGUGUCGGUUGGUUAAUAAAAAGCUAGUGAUCUUGUUUGGA